CCUCAUUAUCAUUACCAGCAUCUGCAACAAAAUCAUCAUCAUCAUCACUGCCAUCAUCAUCGUCAUCAAAAAAUAAUUUCAGAUUGAAGCCAGGCUCGUUCGAAGGAUUUCAAACUUCAGGUUUGUACCUCCAGGAAUGCGACCUUGACCGACUGGACUACUCGAUAUUCGCAAGCAUUCGCCCAUCCCUGAAGUACCUCUGGCUAACCGGAAACAAACUGAGGCACAUUCACGAAAAUUUCUCUUCUUUGUUUGAAGGUAAGAUGGUAGUUGAGACUCCAAACAUGGUAGAUUUCCAAUGGCGGCAUUUUGAUGACCCCUACAGACUUGCUGUACCUGCGGUUGAACUCGAACCCUCUGCAUUGCGACUGCCGACUGCGGUGGCUACGAGAGCUGGUCGAGAGGAAGGUCCAGAUAUUCAACGGUACAACUCUGCCCUCGUGCAAUUUCGCUGCUAUGACGUCAUCGCCGACAGCAACAACAGACACAGCAGCGUCAGCAGCUGCGUCGAAUGA